GAGGGGCCCGGCGCGGGUUUGAACUCAAAUACGCAAAGCUCACGGAACCUGCAACCCACCUACCCAAACCCCCUCCUUGCCUGGCCCGAUGUGCUGAACACACACGCGUGCAAACACAGAAACCACACAAAACAACAACCUGGACAACAUGUGGAGCUGAUUCCAGUUGUUAAGCACAGACAUAAAAGGUCUGUGGAUAGCCUGGCUUUCUACCAUGCCUGCCCCCCCAACCCUAAACCCCAGCAGACAGAAGCACCUGCCUCACAGACAUCCCCGCCCUGAUCGAAAGGCAAAACGUUGCUCCUUCCCGCCAUCCAUCCGGUCGCUUCCUCACCCCCCCUGUCUCGUCUCAUCUCCGCCCUCGCCGUCCCAAGUCGUCCCCUGCGCCACCUCGGGAGCCUCGAAAAGGACGCUCCCGAGUCGUGUCCCGUUCCCGGCUUUUCACUGGUUGAGCCUGGUCACAUGCUGCCUGCUUCCCUCUCUGAUUGGAGCGGGGGAGACGUGGGGCGUCGUGUCAGCCUGCCCUUUCCAUUGCGUGUGUCGGAACCUCUCCGAAUCGCUCAGCACGCUGUGCGCCGACAAGGGUCUACUGUUUGUUCCUCCGCACGUCGACCGGCGUACUGUCGAGCUGCGACUGGCUGACAAUUUCAUCACAGAAGUGGGAGGAACUGAUUUCGUCAACAUGACUGGACUGGUCGAUCUGACUCUGUCCAGAAACACAAUUCACCUGAUUCGACCGAUGGCCUUUGCUGAUCUGGAGAGUCUGCGCUCCUUGCAUCUCGACGGUAAUCGUUUGACGAUAGUUGGCCCCAGGGACCUGGCAGGGUUGGUCAAUCUCCAACAUCUGAUUGUCAAUAACAAUCAGUUGGUCAAAGUGUCAGUGCAGGCAUUUGACGACUUCUUACUCACGUUAGAGGAUCUCGACAUGUCCUACAACAACCUCCGAAAGGUACCGUGGGAGUCCAUUCAGAACAUGGCCAGUCUCCACACUCUGAACCUGGACCACAACCUCAUAGACCACAUCGCGGAGGGAGUCUUUGGAGAGUUGUAUAAGCUCGCCAGGCUGGAUAUGACCUCCAACCGGCUCAGGACCCUACCGCCUGACCCGCUCUUUGCAAGGUCCCAGACCGGUGCAAUAAGCCCCACCCCUUACAACGCCGUCAUCAGUCUGAAUUUCGGGGGAAAUCCGCUGCAUUGCAACUGUGAACUGCUGUGGCUACGACGGCUUAUCCGCAGUGACGACAUGGAGACCUGCGCUACACCAAUCCACCUGGCUGGAAGGUAUUUCUGGUCGAUUCCCGAGGAGGAGUUUACAUGCGAGCCCCCUCUUAUCACCCGCCACACUCACAAGCUGUGGGUGCUGGAAGGCCAGAGGGCCACCCUCAAGUGCCGCGCCAUCGGAGACCCAGAGCCCGUGGUGCACUGGGUGUCGCCAGACGACCGCAUCAUUGCAAACUCAUCCCGGACCAGCUCCUUCAAUAACGGAACUUUGGAUAUCGCGGUGACGGUGGCCAGGGAUGACGGGCCAUACACGUGCAUCGCGAUAAACGCAGCGGGAGAGGCGACUGCCACUGUAGACCUGAAAAUAAUACCCCUCCCUCACCGGGGCGGAGCGGGUGGAAACGCAGGGAAUACCAACAGGAACGUAACCAAUGGGAUUUUACGAACUGAUCCGGGAUCCUCGGAUAUCAGCACUGGGAAGACGGGCGCAAUCAACAAUGGCGUGGCACGGGGAGGCGACGCGGGGGACGGGAAAAAGGCCGGCGCCGAAGAUGAAGGCGACAGCGGCAGGGCGAACGAAGAGGGCGGGGCCGAGGACGACGACGGCGAGGACGAAGAAGCCAGGAGGAUGGUUGGAGUACAAGGAAUAACGUCCACCUCGGCUCAGGUCCGCUGGGAUUUGGGACGCUUGCCUGGAGCGCACGUUGUGUGGAUGUAUCAGAUACAAUACAACUCCACGGCCGAUGAAACCCUCAUCUACAGGAUCCUGCCGUCCACCAGUGACCGCUUCCUGUUGAAGAACUUGGUCUCCGGAGUGGAUUACAACUUGUGCGUGCUGGCCAUUUUCGAUGACUCCAUCACAGCGCUGGCGGCGACCAAGGUCCUGGGCUGCACCACCUUCUCCACCAAGGACGUUUACCCCGCCUGCAGCUCUCUACAGGCUCACUUCCUGGGAGGAACCCUGACCAUCUUAGUGGGCGGCGUGGUGGUGGUCACCCUCCUCAUGUUCACCGUCGCGCUGAUGGUUCGCCAUCGGGUGUGCGAACAUUCCGACCGGAUCCUGUGUCACGACAGCGGCGAGGAGGCAGGAGUCGGGCUUUGCGGUCAGGGCGGCGGCGUGGCCGCCCGGGAUAAAGGAAGAGACCGCGGUGGGUGCUACCAGUCCAACGGUUCCGGUGACACGAUGAUGGUGGUCUUGCCUAACGGGUUGCCUUCCAAGAGAACAGGGGAGGGCGAAAAGGACAAGGAGCCCGCAGAUUCUGCUUCUUCUUUGCCACCAAAGCUUCCCCCCAAGCCGAGGUCCAAGCCAAAGGUCAACCUGGAGCAGUUUCUCUCGGCCGGGGGUGUGGUGUCCACCAUGGCGGGAGCAGGAGGGGAGAUGGCCUUGGUGGUGCGGCAGAGGAAGCUGGAAAAAGCCCCGCCGUACAGUUUGGAAAGUGAGAGGACUCUGCUCGACUACACCCCCUCCGUCUCAUCCACCCUGCCUCGCCAGUCACGCUUUAGGGAAAGCCCAAAACCCCGUCUGGAGCGAGAACUGACCAACCGUGCCAGCUUCUCUCUGGCAGCGCCCCUGAGAGACUCCGAUAUGCUGGCCUGGAGGAUUACUUCCCCCGGAAGGGACAAAUGGAACUCCUCUCAGGCUUAUCAGAGCCCCAUAGCCCCUCUCGACGCUGCCUGCGGGACAGUCAGCAAGCGGCGCCACUCGCUGGACAUGGGCUCCUCCGUCGCCCUAGCGACCGACGCCGCCGCGACCGUGGCCAAACGCUACGGCGCCGUCAGCUACGCCAAACGGCUGAGCGUGAUCUGGACCAGGCGGAGCCAGUCUCUUCACGGAAUGUUGGUGCAGUGCGCCUCCGCCACGAGCACCGGCUCUUCCGCCGCCAGCGACGAGGGCGACGGCGCCGGGCCCUUCGGGGGGCGGUGCGAGUUUCAACGUGGGUACAUCCAUGCCUACGGCACCCCCGACCCCAAAUCUAACACUGGGACCGCAAUUCCGAGAGGGAGCGCGGGAAAAGACAGGGGGAGGGAGAAAGGGAAGGAUGGAAAGGGCGCCGAAGAGUUGGAGGAAAGCGUCGUGUAGAACGCCGACAGAAGCUAGCGAGACUGCGGAAGAUUGUAUCCUAGGAGGGACAAAAAUUGACUUCAAUAAAGAAAAACAGAGCCUUGAGAGGAAAUAGCUUCGGGGUGUUUAUGGCCUUGAAAUCAACAUUCACACAAAAGUUCGACAUUGACAAACGUGAACAAUGGAAGAGCGAAGACGGCGAGGACGGUCGGAGCUCAGCGCGGAUCCAAGAAAAGCCUCAACACCGACAGAACCGCCCUCAUCCCACACAACAUCGCAAAAGGUUCGCACUGGAUCAAGUACCAUCACAGCUCUGGAUCAACACUACAGCAUGUGUGGGAGGGGUGUGAAAAAAAAAAAUGAUUUGAUGUGGCCGGACUUUGUCAAAUUGUUUUUUUGGGGACUCGGCGAAACAAAGAUUGUGACUUCUACGCGUCCUCCGUGGCUGAACUUUGGCCGGCCACGCCUCCGGAUUACAGGAGCAUAAAUACCGAGCUGUGUGCACUGGCCGUGAUCAAAUCGAUGGGAGGGGGACAUUAUUAAAACCACAAUGAAGUCAAUACGGAUUACAAAAUGGUGGCGGCGUACGACGGGGACGACGCGCGUGCAGGAAGGAUCACGGACCGGAUUGUGUGUCCAUGUGCCUGUGUGUUUGUGUGCACAUAUGUGAGGAGUUUUCCAGUCCGGCGCCUCCGUUCCUGUUACGUGUGGUUUCGCUUUUGUUUGGUUGGGUUUUUUGUUUUUGUUUUUUUAUUAUUACGUUAUUGAAACGCGACAACACUGCACUGAAUUAAUCACUACUUUUGCAGCGAGCAUAUAUAUAUAUAUAUAUCUAUAUUUAUAUAGAUAUAUAUAUAUGUUACUUUAUUAGUGCUACACAUCUAAAUGCAGAGUGAUAGGUGGUGGACAGAAUCGAUGAUAAUGGAAGCCACGUGACCUCAUGACCUUGUUUGGGUUUGAAACUAUUGACAUGGGACGAGAACAAAAAAUAAAUA